AUGCCUCAUGACGGUCUUGUGAGGUUCCGCACACAACAACACCACCCCAUCAUAGGCGGUUACUCUCGGAAGGGAAAACUGUUGAGCUUCGAAAAGCAACAAGCAUUUCGUCUUGGCCCGACUCCAAACUUGUUCGUUCAGAGUCAGCCACCUAGCCCAAGCAACAACCUUCUGCUCGACGCUUGUCAAUUGUGUUCCAGAAAGAGAAAAGGCACAGACGCUCCAUCAUCGAUACACUGUGCCACGUCGGACUCAACCAACCAUCGCACUUCUCCCUGCCGCCAAUCCGACAACGCCACGUCACUCAUCUUUUCUGAUGUCCAGUUGUUCAAACUCAAUCCAACAGCAUGUCGCAAACCCAUUGGACCGGAUGGGCCUGAUGUCUACCCCCAUCAAUCCAGAUUGUGUAAUUGCCGUCGUUGA